UCAAGUUCGCGACAGUGGGAUGUCACAUUCGGUCAAGGCACCGCCGCAAUUGAUCGGCUAAUUACCGAGGCCCUGCCUUAUCGGUUAUCAAAGACAAGAAAUCGUAGGAUGAAUGGCGCUCCGCUACUAAGACGGCUGCAGUAGUAGCCCAGUGCAACGUCGAGUGGUAUCACGGGAGGCGACAUGUCACUUGUCAAACUUCACCUUCUCCUGGGACUAAUCUGCGUUUCAGCAUCGCCCUAUCCCCAGGAGACUUUGCUGAACGACGUGGAGACCGUCAUCAAGUCGGUGCUGAAAUUCGUCCGCGAACCGGCGACGUUUAACUUGUACACCAGAGAAAAUCCAUUCGGCGAGGAGCAACUGUUCCUGAACAAUACCGAGGUGUUGUACGCGUCUCACUUCAACGAGAGCAGACCCACGAAAGUCCUUGUCCACGGGUUCAGUGAUACCGGAAACGAGGUCUGGAUCAAGGAUCUGGUAGACGCGUACUUGCUUCACGAGGACGUGAACGUCAUAGUGGUCGGAUGGGGAAUUUUGGCAACCGACGUCUACCCCGUGGCAGCGAAUAAUACCAGGCGAGUCGGUGAAUUUCUGGGCGAGUUCCUGGACUUCCUCAAUCGGGAAUCCAAUCUCGAGUACAAGGAUGUGCACAUAUGUGGACACAGUUUGGGGUGCCACGUGGCUGGAUUUGCAGGCGCUUAUCUAGACGGUCGUAUUGGCAGAAUAACGGGUCUGGAUCCUGCGAGUCCUCUUUUCGAGACGAUAUCCGGCAUCGUGGACCCGGAGUUCCGGUUGGACCCAACAGACGCCCAGUUUGUGGACGUGAUUCACACGAGUGGGCCAGCAUUCGGUUUCCUGGCUCCUCUUGGACACGCCGACUUCUAUCCUAACAGCGGCAAGUUCCCGCAGCCAGGGUGCUCCUUUUUACCUACGACAACAUACUGUAGCCAUACCCGAGCACACCAGUUCAUGACGGAAAGCAUAGGGAGUACGUCCGGGUUCAAGGCGAAACCCUGCGAGAGUUGGGAGAAGUACAAAGACGGAUACUGCGAGUACAACCCGGUGGUUCUAAUGGGAGAAUACGCAUCCACCUCACUGCGGGGUAAAUUCUACUUGACGACUAACGACGCGCCGCCAUUUGCCGAGUGAAGUCGCCGGGACGCCGUCCUCGAAUGUGCGGCUCUGUCUAUGUGCUCGUGAUGUAACCUUUUUGCUAGUCAUUUACAAGUUACCUUAAUUUAUGCGAUGAUACUUUUAUGGAUCCUAUUAGACGUAGGAAAAAAAAAAAAAAAAAAAA